AUGCCUACCUGCCUUUUUCCCAUUCGAAGCCAGCCCACUGCCGCUGACUCGGAAGAGGUCGGCAGUGGCAGCGGCAGCGGGAGCAUUAUUCUCAAGCUGCCCCCCAACGAUGCUCUCCUCCCCUUCAGCCAGGCCCACCGGGUCACUGUGGAGCAAGUCAUCCAUGCAGCCUGGGCACUGGUGCUUCGUCGAUAUGUUGGCAGUGACAGUGUCACGUUUGCAGUUUUGGACUCUAUCGCUGCAACCGAGUCCUCGUCGUACUUCACUUGUCUGAUGGAGGAGUCAAGUCCUUUCCUGGGCUACAUGGAGAACAUCAAGGAUGCUAUCGUUGCUCGUCCGAAGGGAUUUCGAGGGGAGCUACUUCUGUUGCCGUCAAUACGGGUGUCUGCUACCAUGGUGCGGAUGAAGAAAGACACGACCACAGGGGCACACCAGCAGCCGACACGUCCAAUCAGUCAGCUUGCCUUCGUGGUCGACGCAGACUUCCAUUGUGGGCUGCCGAAGCUUAGCUUGAUAUAUGGCGCUGGGAUCGAGACACCAGUUGCGCAGAACGUGGCAGCGACCCUAAACAAAGCGCUCAUCGAGAUCACUUCCUUGACGGCUCGGCCAUCUACGUCCGUGAAUGAGAUGGAUCUGCUGAGCGAGAGAGACCGACAGCAGCUGCGGAGCUUGAACCGCAAUUAUCCACCCGCAGUCGACUCCUGUGUCCACGAGAUGAUCGCGUCUCGAGCCCGCGCUACGCCAGAUGCCGAGGCGAUCUCUGUUGUCGCCGAGCUCGCCGUUCUCAAGACCGGGAGUGCGUUCGUUACGUUGGAUGGGGCACAUCCGACGGACAGGCUGAAGACUAUCGUUGAUAUUGCGGAGGUUUCGGUAGUCCUGACUUCGGCGCAGUGGGUCAACCGCUUCAACGGUCUUGUAGAUGCGGCUGUUUGCGUGCCAACGUCAAAGGUUCAGCUAGAAGACAUGUUUCCGCCAGCAGAGCCGCAUUCACCUACUGCGCCGAUGUCGAGCGUGACACCGGACAAUGCAGCCUUCAUAUUAUUCACCUCGGGCUCGACAGGAAGGCCGAAAGCAGUGGUACAACCACACGGAGCGAUAUGCACGCUGUUCCAGAGCCACGCCAAAAGCCUCCACGUGGAUUCGAGCUGUCGCGUGCUCCAGUUCGCAGCCUAUACCUUUGACGUCUCGACCAUGGACAUCUACACCACUCUCAUACGGGGCGGCUGUCUCUGCAUCCCCAGUGAGGACGACCGCCGCGCCAAUCUCGCCGGCUUCAUCAACCAGACGCGGGUGAACUGGGCUGAUCUCACAGCAACGGUCGCCAACCUCCUCUACCCGCACCAAGUGCCCACGUUGAAGACUCUGGUCCUGGCUGGAGAGGCCGUGCAAGAGGAGCAUCUGGAAAGAUGGUUCGGUCAUGUCCGCCUGAUCAACUGCUACGGCCCAGUUGAGAGCGGCAAUUGCACCGCAUAUGAGUUUCAGGACAGACACACGAAGCCCGCAGCAACAAUUGGUCGCGCCAUGGACGGAGCGCGCUGCUGGAUUGUCAAUCCGCAAAAUCCGCACAGGCUGGCCUCCGUUGGCGAGACCGGUGAGGUCGUGGUUGAAGGGCCGACUCUAUCACGGUGCUAUUUCAAGGAUCCCGUCCGUACGCAAGCCGCUUUCGUGGAGGACCUGCGAUGGAGUACGGAUGGUUCCUUUACCUAUCCAGGUUAUGAGGGACCGCGCAGGUUCUACAGAACGGCGGACAUGGCAUACCUGGAUCCGGACGGCUUGCUCGUUUUUGUUGGGCGGUCAGAUCAACAGGUGAAGGUCCACGGCCAGCGCGUCGAGCUGAUGGAGAUUGAAUACCAUCUGACCACUUCCUUUCCAUCGACGAUAACACGAGCAGUUGCUGCGUAUCCCCGCUCGGGACCGCUGGCGGAGCGGCUCGCGGGCGUACUGCAGCCUGGGAGCGCCGCUGCAAAUGGCAAUACUUUGAAAAGUCAAGCAUUCGGUCCAUUUCGUCUGCUGGAGUCUCCACAAAUCGACUUGACACUGGGCUCGAAACUCCCCAGCUACAUGGUGCCUUCGCUGUUGCUGGUCAUUGAGCGAAUCCCACAAACGGGCUCGGGGAAAAGCGACCGCAAGAAGAUCCACGAGCUGCUAUGUUCACUUCCAGGUGCAAUCAGAUGUUCUUCGCUCGCUGCGCCUGAUGUAUCUCCUCUUGUCCCAGACGAGACACUUGCAGCCGCUAUCAGUAGUUUCUUAGCUGAUCUCCUCACUCUGGACAUGAUCCGGAAUCGUGAUGUCCCACUCGACAGACUCGGGAUAGAUUCCAUCCAGGCCAUGACGCUGUUGACCUGGUUGAAGUCUGAACAUGGUGCGAAAGUGAGCAUCGAGCAUCUGAGCAAAGACGGAGUCAGCGUUCGAUCCCUGGCCAAGACUGUUCAGGCGGCAGCUUUGGACGACCUAGUGCUGGCAGUUGACCUCGAGAAAGAGGUGAGGGAAACUACCGAGCGACUACUUCAGCGGCUGCGUCGGGAGUCUAGCUCGGUCAUCGGUGGCAUCCAGGGGUCUCCUGAUUUCGUCAAGAAUGCCCUUCUAACUGGAGCGACCGGCUAUCUUGGCAUCGAAAUGUUUCGUCAGCUGCUCUUACAGCCUACGUUGCGCUACCUCUACGUCCUUGUCCAAGCCAGCAGCGAACAAGACGGGUUUCGACGUCUGCGACAGGCUCUCCUCGCCACUGGGCACCGGUGGGACAGUGCAUGGGACGAAAGAGUGGUCGUUUGGACGGGGGACUUGGCUCAACCGCAACUUGGCCUGGACCAGAAGCACUGGGAGAACCUGACUAGCGGAAGGAUCACCACCAUCAUCCACAACGGCGCUUUGGUCCGAUACAACCUGUGCUACGAGAAACUGAAGCCCGUCAACGUCUCCUCGACCACAGAGAUCCUACGGGCUGUUUGCGAUUGCCCAUGUCCAAUCAAUAUCGUCUAUGUCUCCGGCGGGCAGCGUUUGAGUCCAGCAGAGGAAUCGUCGGAAUGCGUCCGGAUCAGGCAAGCGGCCAACUCGACAGGCUACUCUCAGAGCAAACUUGUCUCGGAACUCGUUGUCUCCAGCCUUGCUAACGAGUUUGCGAGUGUUGGCGGUCAUCGACUUCGCGUUGUUCGGCCCGGCUAUAUCAUCGGGUCGCCGACCAAGGGCGUUACGAACACCCGCGACUAUAUAUGGAGGGUCGUGGCCGGUGCCGUAGAGGCCGGCAUCAUGUGUCGCAGUCGGCAGAAUGAGUGGAUAUUUGUUUGCGAUGUGGAACAGGUCGCGCAAACAGUCUUGAGCAGCGGCGGCAUCAUCUCUCCAGCAAACGCGCAUAUCAUUGACGAUCCAGCCGAAGUGACAACAACAAUCAUGGACGGCAUAUAUCUCGCAGGCCUGUGGGAGUUGCUAAGUCAGGAACUCCGAUGCAUCCUUCGACCUCUUCACUCGGCGCAGUGGUGGCCCUGUCUCCGACAUUUCGUCCAGCAGCAGGGCAAAGGCCAUCCGCUGUGGCCGUUGUAUUUCUUCCUCGACCAGGAACAGGGCGCGUUCACGUGCGGAUGGAAGAGUGAUACAACUGCUGCUAGCAAAAUGCUUGUGGCGAAGGCCAUACGACAGAAUAUCAGCUCUUUGAAACGGACUGGAUUCCUACCUCAUCCUCGAAUGAAUGAGUCGUUUAGAGGAACGGGAGACCUGCCGGAGCAGUCAGUGCUUGUCUAG